AUGACUUCCACAACUUCAUCGCCAAGGUUGGUAACCGUCGCUGCCUGUCAGCUUGGUCCUGUUCAUCUUGCAGAUUCUCGGCAAGAUGUGUUGAAGCGCAUGUUGUCGCUUUUAGAACAGGCCGCACAGCAAGGAGCAAAACUUGCAGUCUUUCCAGAACUCGCUUUCACGACUUUCUUCCCACGAUAUCUCCUUGCGGAAAGAGACUUAGAUCAAUAUUUCGACGUCGAAGAUCCAAGUAAGGGCGGAAUUGAGCAAUCUCCAAACAUUAAGCCUCUUUUCGACCGUGCAAGCGCACUGGGUAUUGAUGUGUAUGUGGGCUAUGCGGAACGCACCAUCCAAAAAUAUGGAACCCAUGUCGAUUACAACUCAAGUGUUUAUUACUCGGCAAAUGCAAACAAAAUUAUAGGCAAAUAUCGCAAAGUCCAUCUUCCAGGAACGGUGGAGCCUCGCACCGAACCUGGCGCCGUUCAGCAGUUAGAGAAGCGCUAUUUCCGCCCAGGAGACCUUGGAUUCCCGGCAUUCAGAGCCCCCGGGCUUGUCGAGGGGGCACUAAAGAAGUCGAGCGGCAUCUAUAAUGCUACUCAAUCAACUGGGAAAGGCGAUCCAAUCAUCGGAAUGCUCAUCUGCAAUGAUCGGCGUUGGCCCGAGGCAUGGCGCGUGUACGGCCUCCAAGGAAUGGAAAUCUUAUGCUGCGGAUAUAAUACCACUGCAUUCCCGACAACUGCCACUGGCCAUCAACUGGAUUUAACUCCAGAAGCGGCGGAGGAGAUGGUCUUGUUGCAUCAUAAGCUUUCAUGCCAGGGAAACAGUUAUAUGAAUGCUUGUUUUAGCAUCAAUGUCGCAAAGACGGGCGCUGAAGAUGGGAAUCCAUUGGUUGGUGGAACUAUCAUUGUGCAUCCGCUUGGUCAUAUAAUCAAGGAAGCUCAGACGAAGGAGGACGAGUUAGUUGUUGCAACAAUUGAUUUGGCAGAUUGCCAUCGACCUAAGAAUACUGUUUUCGCGUUUGAGAAGCAUCGUCGACCCGAACACUACCAUCUAAUUCUGGAUCGUACUGGGGUCAUUGAGCCAGACUUGCUAUGA